AUGGAUCAAGACGAAGAUGCAAGAGAUCGAUCCUUUAUUACUCUUCCUCCGCUCAGAGUUUCUGCAGCAGCAUCUGUACAAGAAGAAGCAUCUCCUGUCUCUCCUGAUACAUAUGGGGGUGUGGAAAAUUUGGUGAUUAUAGGUUCUGGUCCAGUUGGAUAUACUUCUGGGAUUUAUGCAGCUCGUGCCAAUUUGAAACCUGUUGUGUUUGAAGGGUAUCAAGUUGGGGGUUUUCCUGGUGGACAGUUGAUGACUACCACUGAAGUCGAGAACUUUCCAGGGUUUCCUGAUGGAAUUACUGGUCCAGAUUUGAUAGAUAACCAUUUCGGAGUCCUUAAAAUUGAGCCUCCUACGCAUUUCAGAAAAUUGAGUCUUUUCUUCUAUUUUAAUUUUUUGCAGAUACCAUUUGCAGAUACCUUGAGGAUGUUCUGUAUUGGAUUCACCAAGAGGCGAGAGAAACAUGUCAAGAGAACCUGUAAUGCUCAAUCUAGCCAGAUCCGUCAGAUUCGUCGCAAGAUGGUUGAAGUCAUGGUAAACCAGGCCUCCUCGUGUGAUCUUAAAGAGUUGGUGGCAAAAUUCAUUCCUGAAAUGAUUGGAAAGGAGAUUGAGAAGGCUACAUCAAGCAUUUAUCUAUUGCAGAAUGUGUUUAUUAGGAAGGUCAAGAUCUUGAAGGCUCUAAAGUUUGAUCUUGGAAAGUUGAUGGAGGUUCAUGGUGACUACUCUGAGGAUGUUGGUGUGAAGGUGGAUAGGCCUGCUGAGGAAACAGUACCAGAGGCUGAAUCUGAAGUUGUUGGAGCUUAG